GACCUAUCGCAGCGCCCAUCUUGUGUGUGGCAGUACACGUGCUUCCGGUGCCGGGGAUUGUGGGAAGAGAGUGAAUUGCAGUCACUGAGCACUGUGUGCUGGAGGUUUCUUCUGCAGUAACAUCCCAAGGUGAAUGCUUGCCCAACCAUGGUUUUCUGUGGCCGUGUUAACCCUACAACAGGGGCGCUAGAUUGGGUGGAAGAAGGCGAGGACUAUGAUUAUCACCAAGAGAUUGCCAGAUCAUCCUAUGCUGAUAUGUUACAUGACAGAGACCGUAAUGAGAAGUAUUAUCAAGGAAUCCGUUCAGCGGUGAAGAGAGUCAAGGAAAGGGGGGAGAAAGUCAUUGUUUUAGAUAUUGGGACUGGAACCGGACUUCUGUCAAUGAUGGCGGUCACAGCCGGAGCAGACUAUUGUUAUGCUAUUGAGGUGUUUACUCCUAUGGCAGAGGCAGCUGUACAGAUAGUAAAAGCCAAUGGCUUUGGUGACAAGAUCAAAGUUAUCAACAAGCAUUCGAAAGAGGUCACAGUGGGACCAGAUGGAGACAUGCUGCAGCGUGCGAACAUCCUCAUCACAGAACUGUUUGAUACUGAGCUCAUAGGAGAAGGGGCCCUGCCUAGUUAUGAACACGCUCAGCAAAAUCUUAUGCAGGACCGGUGGGAAGCAGUGCCUCAUCGAGCUACAAUAUAUGCCUUAGUGGUGGAAUCUCGCAGGCUUUGGGGCUGGAAUAAGCUAUUCCCCAUAGACUUGGACCAGAAACUCAUCCAUGCUCCAGCCGAAAUUCAGACCUGUCCUGGAGCGCCAUCAGUGUGUGAUGUCCAGCUUAGCCAGCUGAGCCAAGAUGACUUCAAAACACUCAGCGACAUCAUGGCCAUCUUCAAAGUGGAUUUCAGCCAGCAGGUCAGCAGUGCCACUGUCAUUCAUCCAAUGAAGUUUACAUCUGUGGCCAAUGGUGCUGCCCAGGUUGUUCUGUCAUGGUGGGACAUAGAUAUGGAUCCUGAAGGCAAAAUCAAUUGUACUAUGAAGCCAGGGUGGCUAUAUCCCACUGGCCAUCCUGUCCCGUGGCGGGAUCAUUGGAUGCAGUGCGUGUAUUUCCUGCCUGAGGAGCGAAAGGUGACGUUGGGGGAAGAGCUCUGUCUCACUGCUUAUCAAGAUGACUAUUGUGUAUGGUACAAGCUUAUAAAACCUGGGCUGGAGAAGAGCAGUUCAGUGUCAGAUGAACGGCCGGUGUGUCACUGCGGAGCUCAUAUCAUUUGGAACCGUACACGCUUCGGGGAACUAAACGACCAGGGAAGGAUGGCAAAGUAUAAAACAGCCUUAAAGAAGAUCCUGACACCAAGCUCUGUGUGCUUGUGUAUAAGUGAUGGCAGUUUGCUACCCUUGCUGGCUCAUUCUAUUGGAGCAGCUCAGGUUUACACAAUAGAGUCUUCUUCUAUGUCCAAGCAAGUUAUGGAGAAGCUUUUACUAACCAACCAUCUUAAAGGGGCAAUUCCAGUCCUACAAAAAGCACCAGAAAGCAUUACUGCUGCUAAUCUCGGCGACAAAAAGGUCUCUGCUUUGAUUGGUGAGCCAUUCUUUACCACCAGCCUCCUUCCAUGGCACAAUCUGUACUUCUGGUAUUCCCGCACUGCACUGUCAGACAACCUUGCUGAGGGCUGCACUGUGUUCCCUAUGGCUGCUUCUCUUCAUGUAAUGGCUGUAGAAUUUAAGGAUCUUUGGAGGAUCCGGAGUCCGUGUGGAAUCUGUGAAGGGUUUGAUGUCUCUAUUAUGGAUGCAAUGAUCAAGAAAUCCCUUGAUUUUCGGGAGUCACAGGAGGCGGAGCCCCAUGCUCUCUGGGAAUAUCCCUGCAGAGCACUUUCGCAGCCAGUAAAGGUCUUGUCAUUUGACUUUAUGGAGAGAGUCCCCGUUAAUGACAUGAAGGCAGAGGGUUCUAUGAGCUUAGUGAGGUCAGGAAGGUGUCAUGGGAUUGUACUUUGGAUGGAAUAUCAGCUCACAGAAGACAUUUCAGUCAGUACCGGCCUAUUGGAAGUGUCUGAAGAGAAGGGUGACUGUCGGUGGUAUCCACACAGCAAACAAGGAAUCUUCUUCCUAAAUUCUGUCCUGGAGCUGGGACCGUCUUCUACACAGACCUAUAGUUCUGUCUCUUAUCAGUUGACUUUCAGUCCUAAACUGGGGGACAUUCAAAUGAGUUUUGUCCCCAACUCUUAGCACUGUUUUUUUUUACUUCCAAAGUGCAAAGUAACUUAAAGGGCAAUUCUUCCUAAAAACCGAUUUCAGCAUUAUGAAUGAAAUGAUAUCGAUUUCAAUCCACUGAUGGGUCUUUAUUGUUUGUCUGGGUUACUAAUGCUGAUAUCUACUUCCACCACCGGCACUGCGAGAGGCCAAUACUGGCUUGUCAGCCAAGCUACUGUUAACAGCGGCUUAAAGAGGAAUUCCACCCUUCCUAUCAAAAAUAGAAUUUAUAAAUCCUAAAACGUGUUCCUGUAUAAAAGUAGGGGAAACCAUACUUGCUAGUCCAUGGAGUAGAGAGAGUUUUCCCUACACUUCUCCUGGUCAGUGAUGCCAUCUUGAAUUCAGA